ACCAAGGGGGAGGUGCCCGGCCGCUUCUCCCGCGUCCGCCAUUUUGUUGCUGAGGCUAUAGGGAGCGGGCUGGGUAGAACGGCCCGGGAGGCGCGACUCUUGGUGGAGGAGGCGGCUUCGUGUGACGGCGAGGGCCGGUGCGGGCUCGUGAGGCUGCGGAGCCGGCGGGUUCCAGGACAGAAGUAAUCGGAGCCGCCCCUGGACGCCGGGCAGCUGAGAAGCCCGAGGCGGCCUCCGCUGUUGCUGGCUUCGCCCACCUCGACCCCAGGGCUUUGCCCCGUGUUCCCGGGCCGCAAAAGCCGGCCCGGUGCAGGCGGGCGGUGGCGGAGGAUGCUGCGGGGCCCGGAGCCGAGAGGAAGGUCCUGAUCCAGCCCUCUGAUUGCGCCUCGAGGUGUUCCGAGAGGCCCUUCCUCGGCCCCAAAGCCGACAGCGGGUAAAGGCUUCACGAGCAGGCGAGAGCAGCAGACGCCGCCCAUCCCUGGACCCACACCAUGUCGUCCGCCAGGUUUGAUUCUGCAGACCGCUCUGCCUGGUACAUGGGACCAGUGUCUCGCCAGGAGGCGCAGACCCGUCUCCAGGGCCAGCGCCAUGGCAUGUUCCUAGUCCGGGACUCCUCUACCUGCCCCGGGGACUAUGUACUGUCCGUGUCCGAGAACUCGCGUGUCUCUCACUACAUCAUCAACUCCCUGCCCAACCGUCGCUUUAAGAUCGGGGACCAGGAGUUUGACCAUUUGCCGGCCUUGCUGGAGUUCUACAAGAUCCACUACCUGGAUACUACCACCUUAAUCGAACCAGCGCCCAGGUAUCCAAGCCCACCCAUGGGUUCUGUCUCAGCACCCAACUUGUCUGCAGCAGAAGAAAAUGUGGAGUAUGUACGGACUCUGUAUGACUUUCCUGGGAAUGAUGCUGAAGACCUACCCUUUAAAAAGGGCGAGAUUCUAGUGAUAAUAGAAAAGCCUGAAGAACAGUGGUGGAGUGCCCGGAACAAGGAUGGCCGGGUUGGAAUGAUUCCUGUCCCUUACGUUGAAAAGCUUGUGAGGUCCUCACCACAUGGAAAGCAUGGAAAUAGGAAUUCUAACAGUUAUGGCAUCCCAGAACCUGCUCACGCAUACGCUCAACCUCAGACCACAACUCCUCUACCUACAGUUGCCAGUACUCCAGGGGCAGCAAUCAACCCUUUGCCAUCCACACAGAAUGGACCUGUCUUUGCAAAAGCAAUCCAGAAGAGAGUACCAUGUGCUUAUGACAAGACUGCAUUGGCAUUGGAGGUUGGUGACAUUGUGAAAGUCACAAGGAUGAAUAUAAAUGGCCAGUGGGAAGGCGAGGUGAAUGGGCGCAAAGGGCUUUUCCCUUUCACACAUGUUAAAAUCUUUGACCCCCAAAACCCGGAUGACAACGAGUGAUUGUUGCUGCCUUGUCCUGCCUGCCGUCGUCUCCUUUGGAGUGGGAGGCACUCUCACAUGCAAGUCACACCGAGCUGCUGGUGGCCAGCUUUCCAUCCACUGGGUCUCCUGCACAUUUGGAAUGCCUCCAGCAGCUGCCUUGGCAUUUGUAUCCUAGUCAUGCUGUCACAGAGUAGCUGGUCUUAGCGUUCUUCUGGGUCGUGGACUGAAAAGCCUGGUGGAACUGGACACAGGUCUUCCUUCUCAUCACUGCCUCAUUUGUGUUGGAGACGGACUCUGGUGCGAGCCUGCUGACGGUCCACACGGAGAGGGCUAGCCUUGGCAAACUCUUGCUGUUGCUGGUCCACAGAGCAGUGGCUUGUUUUUCUUUGGACGACAGAGGAAGUAAACUCCAGACAAUUCUGUCCAAACUCCUGCAGUCUGGCUUGUUUCCACUUUCUUUUGUUUAGUUUUGGUUUUGGAAGACUAAUUCAUUAGAGUUGUGUGUUCUGAACAGAUUUUUAAAUAGUAGGUUGGUUUUUUGUGAUAGUCUAAGGAACAAUACGUGUCCCUGAGCUUCCAAACUGAAGCUGCUGUACGUAACUAAAGAAUAUGAAAAAGACACCUUGAAGUAGAGGCCUUUCUCUUUUGGUUGCCACGAUACCUUGUGUGCCAUGUGGCAAACAGUGCACGUGCACACACAGCAGUCAUUGGUGUACCGUGCUGGGUGCAGCCUGGAAGCCCCAGGGUGAACCACCAGUGGUCUAGGGAGCCUGUUGCUGUCUGUCACUGUUGCUACUGACAGGAAAAGAAAGAGUGGGGCACUUGGUCAGUUCUGUCUGGCGUUUGAAUAAGUAUACCCCCUUUAAGAACUCGAAGUUUAACCAGAGUCCUGUCAGCUCUUCCUGUCCAAACCCAGCCUGUCCGGGCAGCUUGAAAGUGGUAGUCCUGUCUGGUUCCGCAGCCUAAGAGGAACAGAACACAGUGCUCCUGAACCAAGAAAAUGCAAGCCAGCUGGUACAAAUGUGUGUCUGCCCCUCAUCUGCACGUGGCAACCCUGAGUUCUAGAACCUUUCUGUAGUAUGCUCUGUUUUACCUGGACCCUGAUGAGGACACGCCUCCACACAGAACUCCAAGCAGACCGAGAAAUGUAGCAGUGACUUAGUGAGUAGCUCCAGCAUUUACAGAACAGCUGUAACUGUGGCCCUGGCUCUGGAGGCUCUUAGGCUGUGAGAACUAAUGAAAUAUAUUCAGGAGACAAAAACUAACACAAGCAUUUGUCCACUAUAUUUAUUUCUCUUAAAGAUUUUUUUUUUUUUUUAAUUUUGUGUAUA